AUGGCAUCAUUCACCUUCCCUCCUGCUUUCCCCCUCGUUGGUCUGCCGAUCGUGGCAGCCAUGGUUCUUAACGGCUAUCAAUCUCACAAUGUUAUGAAAGCUCGUAAAGAAGCGGGUGUCAAGUAUCCCACUUUGUACGUUACUGAGGCUGAGGCCAAUGCCGAUCCUAAGAAGUUGAAAUUCAACUGCGCUCAACGAGCUCACGGUAAUACCCUGGAGAACAUCCCUUAUGUCCUCGCUUUGUUUGGUUAUCUCAGUCUCUUCCAUCCCAAAUUAGCUUCUAUCUUUUUCACUCAUUGGAUCAUCGGUAGAUUCAGUUAUACCGCCGGUUACUCAGGUGGUAAUCCCUCAAACAGACUGAGUCUUCUCUACAAAACUUCUUACAUUGGUUUUGCCGGUUUAUUCUUCGGCGCUGCCUAUGUAGCUAUCACCCAAUCGAUCCCACUUUUCUUAUGA